CCCGGCCCCGGCCCGCCGCGGCUCCUCAGGGGCUGCCCGACCUCGGGGGCUCCGCCAGCCGCGCCCGCCGGCCGGGCCGGGCCGGGCCGCUGCCAUGUUCACCAGCACCGGCUCCAACGGGUUCUAUAAAGCGCCUUUGUCAAAGAGUUUGUUACUAGUCCCAAGUGCCAUCUCGAUUCUAUUGACUCUGCUCUUCCAACAUUAUCAGAAGUUCUUUGCGUAUAACCUACAAGCUGUAAAAGAGGAUUUUCAGAUUUGGAGACUAGUAUGUGGAAGAACAAUAUGUCUUGAUUUGAAAGACACAUUCUGCAGCACUCUGCUCAUUUACAACUUCCGAAUAUUUGAAAGAAGAUAUGGCAGCAGAAAAUUUUCAUCUUUUUUACUGGGCGCUUGGAUGCUCUCAGCUUUGUUUGACCUUCUGCUUGUAGAAAUCACUCAGUAUAUAUUUGGCAUCACCAUCAACAGCUUGCCUUCUGGUUUCUUGGGUCCUGUGUUCGCACUGUUUGUUCCAUUUUAUUCCUCCAUUCCAAGAGUGCAGGUGACACAAGUAUUGGGCUACUUUUCUAUCACAAACAAGUCUCUGGUCUACAUACUGGGUUUACAGCUCUUAACCUCUGGUUCCUACAUCUGGAUUUUAGCCUUAAGUGGAUUGAUUUCUGGGAUUUGCUACAAUAGCAGUAUGUUAAAAGUUCAUCGAAUUCUUUGUGUACCCAGAUGGGUAGCAAAGAUAUUUUCAUGGACUCUUGAACCAGUCUUCUCAUCUGCGGAGCCAACGAAUGAAGUUCGAGUGGGAAUGGGAGCCACAGUUGACAUCCAGAGGCAGCAGAGAAUGGAGUUACUGGAUCGUCAAAUCAUGAUGUCUCAGGUUGCCCAAAUGAGGCGGCAGAGACAGCAGCAGAAUUCACUUCGGAUGCUUUCUACAAAAAAGAAAAAGCAAGGAACAAUCACCCCAGAAUUUAUUUGCUGGCAAUUCUUUGAGCUUUACCUUUUCCAGUCUUUUUCUAGCUGAAAUCUCCUGGUCUGGAGGAAGCAUGGAACUGUGUGUGUGAGUGCUGGGCUGUCAAACACCCUUGAAUUCAAUGAGUGGAUUGAGUGUGUGGUAGAAUUUGAAAAUAAGCCCACCAAGUUCAUUACUCGAUGUACCUUAUUUUAGCUCUUAAAUAUUCCGCGGGCACUGUGUCUGAAUUUGUUGCUAGAAACUGUUAUGUUGAUAGUUUCUCAGGGGAAUGUGGUUAAAUGGUGACUGGUUUUGUGUUGGUUUCUAGUUGCUGUGGAUACAGCCCUUAAACACAUGGUAGUGUUCAUUUAGAAAACUUUCUAGAUCUUUUUAGAUCUUGUGUUCUUUAUUUGCUCCUGUGGAUAUUGCUGAGAAAUUACAAUCUUGUCCCAAAUGAAUUACAUAGCAUCACCUGCAUUCACCUUUAAAAGCAGUAGAAUAAAAUGUGUGCUAUAUGUAUUCAUUCCCUGAAAAUACCAGCUUGCCAUUUUGUUGCUGCUUUUUAAACUUUGCUUUCGUAGUUAUUUUCUUUCACACUCUUUUGUCUAUUCUAUUUUGCAAAUAGUUUGUCGUGUUUUUCUUUUUUUCCCAUUUCUGAUUUUCUGUUCCCCUUCAUGUCACUGUCACAUUUUCAUUCCCCACUGUGCCAUUUUCCUCCUACAUUUUUGUCACCUCUUCACCUUCAUCUCUCUUGUUUCCCAUACUUUGUAUUUGCCCCUAUAUAAAAUGCUUCUUCACCUUGGGGGAAGUUCUCUCCUGUCAUGUCUGUAAUCAGAAAUGAUUACCACCAGUAAUCAUUUGCUAUUUUAUCCUUUUGCUACUGUAAUAUUGAUAAAAGUUGGUCUUCCUCUCCUGAUGUUUCUAUUUCUAGAUCUCUUUUAUUUCUUAGUAUUUUUCUAAAAAGUUUAUCUUUUUUGUAACCCAAAUAAAACCCCGGUGGGAAAAGGGAAGCAACUGCAGCAUCUGUGCACCAGUGUGAGUAUCAAGGCGUCAACUUGACUUUCACUUCCCAUUGAGAACGUGGAGGGAGGCUGGCAGAGAACCAAAUUGUGAAUAGAUAGGGAAGAUUCCAUGCCUAGGUGGUAUUGGCUACUCUGAUGUCACUACAGACUGUGAUGUGGAGGUGGUGGAAGGUUGCAAAAAGGUGGGGAGCACCUUGUGUUGGCAUUAAGUAUAACUCCUUGGAGCACUCCUUGCUGUGCCCAUUCGAGAUGGGCAGCAUAUCAACCUCAGUCCCUUCAUCUUGAAAGAAUGGGUUUUGUAUCUGCUGAGCAUUUUAGCUGAACAUGUUAAGGACAUCAUAUUACCUUCUUCGUGGAUUCUCUUAAGUGUCUUGUAUCACUUAAAAGCUUCUCCAGGUUGCUCCUGAUUGUAACAAGCCUGCGGCCAUAUAUAUGAAAAUCUUCAUUUCACUACCUCUCUAUCUACCCUGUUGGCCACUUCAAGCUUACACUGUCUUUUCCCUCCUGUAUUCUUGUUCUUCUCUUCCAGCUGCCAUUAAUUUUCACUGAGGCCAGAAACUCCUAAGAUUGAUACCACAUGGUAUCUCAUAUGUAUAUCUCAUCUUCAUCAUAUAUGAGAUUCUGCUGCUUGCAAAGACCAGACUUCUAUAACAAAGGGACUUCCUCUUAUUGUUUGUUCAUUAGAUGUCUUUCUCCUGGGACACAGAAGAGAUGUUCUGUGGGUAGGCACACUGAGUAUCUUUAUUAUUAUGGGGAGCCUCAUAUCCUGAACAAUUUGCAAGUUUUAGAUUUUGUCAAGUAAGGACUGUGUGUCCAGAUUGGUAAUUUACCUUCUGGUUAUAUCUAAGCAAUAAACUCCCAACCUUGGAAAAAAAUAGAUUAAUGGAGCAAAGGUUUUCCUGGCUCAAGAGUUCUUCCUCAGGAAUGUUAUACUCAUUCAGGAGGGUAGAAAAGAAAUCCCCCAGUGAAUAUACUCGUAGACAGUCCAAUUCUGCUUUUUCAAAGUGAAGAGCUAGACCCAGGCUUAUUUUUUAGCUCUUCUACUGGUACUGAGGUGGCACUUCAAUGAAGUUUUCUUGAAUCACUUCACAAGUUUGAGUACCAGCAAGAAGCCAUUCCAACAGAUAUUUUGAACCAUGAAGACCUUCUACAACCUUUAUACAUUGCCAAGUCGACAAAACCCCUUGUUGUCACAGCCAGGACUUCAGAUGGAAGCAGCUUUUCCAUUUUGUUCCACAAAUGUAUGUAUCAUUGUCAGGAAGAAAACUACCAGACUGCUUUACCUGAAUAAAUGGGUAAGACUUUGAGCCAAGUGUCACACCAAGUCUUUUCUCUAAUUUGGUUUCCAUUCCAAUCAGUCUGUGUUACUAAGGCUUCUUUGGGAUUUUGUGACAUAUUUGAAUAGAAACUGCCUUUAGCAACACUUGCAUAAACUCCAAAGACAGUGAUAUGUAGGGUACCAAUAGGAUAAAAAAGCUUUUAUGCCUAGACUCCAGGGAAAUGUGUGCACAGGAUUUGACAUCAUAUUUUUUAAGAAUUCUGUUAACCAGUGAGUGAUUUACAGAUUCAUUUCAGCCCAUGAAUGAUGCUUGUAUGCUGCAACAGUAAUCACUGUGGCUAAAUUUAGACUCAGUAUUCCAUCACUCUUCCCUUCCUCUGCAUGCCAAUGUACACAUGUGGACACAUUUUGAAAUAACAGACAGCUUCCAUUUUUGUAGGGAGAACAAUAUCUUUUCCUUCAGACCUGUGUGUCUUAAAUUCAUCCUUUGCUUUUUUGUGAUCUUCUGGCAUUUUUCAAGCCUUGGUUAUUCUCUGUAGUUGUUUAAAACUAUUUUCUUUGUGUUGAAAAUAAACUUGUAUUUAUAUCAAGAGUGUAUGGGGUGUAAAAACUGCAUAUGCUGCUGAUAUUGGCAUGCCUGAACUCUGGUUUUUAAUAGUUUCAUUUCAGUAAUGUAUUUGCAGCAACUGAUAACCCACUGCUAUCUAGACAUUCUGGAUUACUUUGCUGUAUGACUUCUUUCAUGGAUUCUAGGUGUGAAAUUAAAAAUGUUGAAUUUCCUGUUGAAUUUUCAGGUAAUGAACAAUUCAUGACCAUUUCCUCUACAGACUACCACAGAAACUUCAGAUUUCUGUCUUUUUUAUGGAAGUUGGCAAUUCCACAAGCUGACAGAACUAGAGCCAGCAGACACUAGUACAACUAGAAUAAGCUGAGUGUGUCUCAUUAACAGCCAGCUGUCACAAUCACAAGAUUGAGUUUCUCUAUCUCCUACUCAUUGGUAGCACUCUGCUCAUAUAUUGAACAAUCCUUUUUUCUCUUGGACUGGAAUGAUGAAAUUCUUUUUCAUUUUGACUCAGCUUUUGAGCUAUAGCCUUUGAAUUUGGUUUAAUAUUUGUAAUCAGAUUUCCUAGAGAAGCAGCGAUUGGACAACUUCAUAAAGCAAAACACUGUUUUAUUUCAAAACAAAGAAAUUGUUUGGGAAAUAGAAUAUUUUUAUUCUCCUAUGUGAUUGGUCUAUAU